AUGACUACGUUGUCCCAGGAAGAGCUAGAUGGCAUUUACGCUUUUGCUGUUGACCUGGGUAAGAAAGCAGGUCAGAUGCUCAUAGAUGCCGCGCAGAUAAGGAUCGACGGCGGCAACGCGAAUGCAGAACAGAAAGAACACGUGCAGAAAGAGAAUGCUGUUGAUCUGGUCACGCAAACAGAUGAAGACAUACGUAUCAUGACUAAUCUGGAAAAAGGCACCGUGAACUACAUUCACCUUUUUCCGAUGUUUUGCGUCUCGAUUGGCUUCAUCCACAACAACAAACCUUUGAUUGGUGUCAUCAACGCGCCAUUCCUGAAACAAUUCUUCUCCUCAUGUGCCGGUCGAGGCGCUUUUAUGAAUGAGUCGCAGCGAUUGCCACUUGUACGUAAUCCAAUACCGCCCAUGCCGGAGAAAGCACCUAGCGGUUGCAUAUUCUCUUGUGAGUGGGGCAAGGACAGGCGAGAUGUUCCAGACGGCAACAUGCAUCGUAAGAUCGAGAGCUUCGUCAACAUGGCUGCCGAGCUCGGUGGUCGCCACGGAAGAGGCGGCAUGGUGCACGGUGUCAGAUCACUAGGCUCAGCAACAUUGGAUCUAGCAUAUGUUGCCAUGGGCUCGUUCGAUAUCUGGUGGGAAGGAGGUUGUUGGGAGUGGGAUGUGGCGGCUGGCAUUGCUAUCCUGCAUGAAGCUGGUGGUUUGAUCACGACUGCGAACCCGCCAGAAGACUACGCUGGUGCGCCGAUAGAGGAAGUUCGUUUAGGGAGUCGACUUUAUCUUGCUAUCAGACCGGCUGGCCCCUCCGCCAGUGAGACCGGACGACAGAGCCAAGAAAGAACUGUGAGGGAGGUGUGGCGCAGAGUGCGCAACCUAGACUAUAGUCGUCCGGGUGCGUAG